AAUUACCUUCAAAGAAACAAAACUAUAUAUAAAUGAAAACCCAAUGAAAAGAGAAAAACUGUCACCCUGUGAAACAGAGUUCCUGGAUCAGAAGAUAAUUUAACGCAAACAAAAUGUCUAUUUAGUGUUCUCAGAGGAAUGAAAAUAUAUUGCCUCAGUAAAGCAAGAACAGAGUAAUUAUUUUAAAAAACCAGAACAAGAAAGAGUUCUUGGAAAUUAAGGUGUUUGCACAAAGUAAAAAAACAAAAAACAACAACCUGGAUAAUUAAAAGAUAAGUUGAGUGAAAAUAGAAAAUCAGAAAGCAGGUCUAUUAUUUAGCCAGUAGAAGCCUCAAAAAGAAUAAACAGGAAAGUCAGUUAUCAGAAAAGUAACAUAACAUUUCUAGUGUUUAAAGAUACUUGUUUCAAUAUUCAAAGGAAGAGGGAGAUAAAGGGGCAACACAAUCAAUGAAAAAAGACCCACCACCAUGCACACUGUUGUGGAAUUUCAGUAUAAGAGGAGGGAAAAUCCUAAAAACUCCUAUGGAGAAAAAGAAAAGGAUAACAUAUAAGGGAAUGAGAAUCAGGUGAACAUAACUAGAGUGUAAACUCCAUAAUGGCAGGGAUUUUUGUGGUGGUUUUUCAUUAUGGUUACAUGAUGAGACCUCAGAAAAAAUACAUGUUGAAUAAAAGAAAGAGUAUAACAUCUUGCAAGAACCUCUGAGAAUUUAGAACACAAUAGAGUAGUGUCCUUAAAGUUCUGAGAGAAAAUAACUUAGAAUGCAGAAUUUAUGAAAACUACCAAAUUGGAGGGCAAAAUAUAUUCUCUGGUACAAGACUCAGAACAUUUAUCUCAACUUAUUUACCCUUUCUAUGCAAGUUAUUUGAGGAUAUGAACCGGUAAAAUGAUGAUCAAAACUAAUAAAGAUGAUGUCAUGAGCUAUUAGAAAUGGUGAUGAACUCCUGAGUAUUAUAAAAAUUAUUUCAGAAUGACAGUGGAACAACAGGUCUACAAAGUAAUUGGUUUAAAUUAGAAUCGGAAAUAAUUGAUCUCUAAGAAAAAUGUCUUUAAGAAGAAGAAUGGAAUGGGUUUCAGGCUAUAGAUAGAAUGACUAAGCAAGCUAGAUCACUCCAGACCACAGAAAAUACACAGAAGUAGUCCUUAUUCCUCUACUAGCUUCAUAGUACUAUCCUUCAUUGUAUACCUAGAGAAAACAAAUUGCAGACAUGAAUGUUAUCACCAGGAUCUGAAGACUCUAAACAUUGCUCUUGAGGCUCCUCAUGGAUUUUUUUGGAGAAAGGAAUCUGUGAAAUUAUGUGAAUAGAGACCAUUUUUCAAAACAAUGGGGGAAAGAGAAAGAAGUCCAGAUAAUGAUCGAGAAAGUAAGGCAGGCAAACACCAUUACUCUUAUUGUUCAUCUGAUUUUGGAACUACUCCACAGUCUUCUGGCCGGUCAUCGCUGGUCAAUUCCUCCUCACCUAAGAGUAUUAAGGGAAAAAAUCCCAAAAGGCAAAUAUCAGAUAGCCAAGUGCAUCAUCAAGCCCCUAGGAAGCCAAGCCCUAAGGGUGCACCAAACAGAAAGGGAGUCCGAGUGGGAUUUCGCUCCCAGAGCCUCAAUAGGGAGCCACUUUGGAAAGAUACUGAUCUUGUUACAAAACGGGUUCUAUCUGCAAGACUGCUAAAAAUCAAUGAAUUGCAGAAUGAAGUAACUGAACUCCAGGUCAAGUUAGCUGAGCUGCUAAAAGAAAAUAAGGCUUUGAAAAGACUUCAAUACAGACAGGAGAAAGCCCUGAAUAAGUUUGAAGAUACAGAAAAUGAAAUCUCACAACUUAUUGCUCGUCAUAACAAUGAGAUUACAGCACUCAAAGAACGCUUAAGAAAAUCUCAAGAGAAAGAACGGGCAACUGAGAAAAGGGUGAAAGAUACAGAAGGUGAACUAUUUAGGACAAAAUUUUCCUUACAGAAACUGAAAAAGAUCUCUGAAGCUAGACACCUACCUGAGCGAGAUGAUUUGGCAAAGAAACUAGUUUCAGCAGAGUUAAAAUUAGAUGACACCGAGAGAAGAAUUAAGGAACUAUCCAAAAACCUUGAGCUGAGUACUAACAGUUUCCAACGACAGUUGCUUGCUGAAAGGAAAAGAGCAUAUGAGGCUCAUGAUGAAAAUAAAGUCCUUCAAAAGGAGCUACAAGAACUGUAUCACAAAUUAAAAGAAAAGGAGAGAGAACUGGAUAUAAAAAACAUAUAUUCUAAUCGGCUGCCAAAAUCUUCUCCAAAGAAAGAAAAAGAACUUAGAUCAAGAAAAAAUGCUGCAUGCCAGAGUGAUUUUACAGACCAGUGUACAAAAGGAGUACAAACCAGUGAAGACUUCGAGCUGGAAGAAUUUCCUAUAACACCACAAACAGUUAUGUGUUAUGAAAACAAAUGGGAAAAACCUGAACGUCUUACGUUGGACCUGGAAUUUCAAGAGAGAGGUAAACAUGAAGAAGCAGGGAUUCUAAACUCAGCUGUGAAAAGAGAAGAAAAAUUUGUCAAAGAUCAAGGACUCCAUGUUGUAAAACAGGAGGUUGAGAAGCUGGAGGAUGAGUGGAAAAGAGAAGAACCUGCUAAAAGGCAAAAAGAGAAGAUCUCUUUGCUGGAGAGAGAAGAAAAGCCCACAUUGGAAACUGGAAGAUACCAAAUGGAAAUGUACCAAAUUCAGAAUAUUGAUAAAUUGGAAGAAGACGAAGAAGAAAGGCUGAAGAGAGAAAUGCUACUUGCUAAACUGAAUGAAAUCAACAGAGAACUCCAAGAUUCAAGGAAUACAAAAUGCCCUCCUCUGCCAUUGCUACCUGAUUUGGAAUCAAAACUGCCCUCCCCAGAGAGAACCCCCAAAAUGUACAUGUCCUCUGAAUCCUCGGAGAGAAUAUAUAAUGGGCAUCAUUUGCAAGACAUCAGCCUUUUCACUACAAAAGGAGAUGUUCAGAAUCUGGGAAAUAUUAGAAGCCCAGACUCUCCAAAUGAACUUGCAUUUGGCAGUUAUGUGCCUUCAUUUGCAAAAACAUCAGGGAAGUCAAAUCCAUUUAGCCAAAAGAGUGGCCUUUUAGAUGUCCAAAGAAACAAUAUAGAGAAACUUAGUAAAGACAGCGUAGAUUUAAUUACAAGAAGAGAGAAAAAAGCUAAUCUGAUGGAACAGCUAUUUGGUGCCAGUGGCAGCUGCACCAUUUCCUCUAAAAGCAGUGACCCAAAUUCUUUGGCUACCAGCAAAGGAGACUUUGACCCUCUAAAUUUUCUUCCUGGGGAUAAGAGCAGCAGGGAUAGAGAACAUGAUGAAGAUGAUGACUUUUUCCUCAGUGAAGGAAGAAGUUUUAAUCCAGGUAGACACCGAUUAAAACAUGCAAACAGUAAACCAGCAGUAAAAGCAGUAGAAACUGUAGAAGAUGAAAUUGAAGAAGUAGCCUUGAGAUGACUGACUACAGUAUACAUUUUUUCCAAUUGUAAAUAUUAAAGUAUUUUAAUACAAUAUUUAUUAUAAACCUUUAGAAUUUUUAAUAUUAAAAAGUCCUUAUUAAGGAAUGACUUUUAAUAGAUACAGUGUAAAUGAAAAGAAGUAGAUUAUAUCAUACCACAUCUAGUUUGCCAAGAAUGAAGGAGACUCUUUUGAAUGAAACCAAAAAUAGAGAUGUAUCUUACUUGGUUUUGACUUUUUAUUUACAAAUAGUUUUUUAACCUCUUAAUCACCUCUAUAGGAAGUUUUACUCCAAUGGAGUUCAUAUUUAUUUUCUAUUUUUAUCCCUAUUUAUUUACUUAGUUUUUGGUCAUGUCCUCACUGAGCUAAAUAUAGUCUUUCCCAAUUGGGAGUGGAAAUUAAAGGCGAGAUGCUCUGGGUUGGGAAGCAUAGUUCUCAGAUGGUGGAGCAUUGGUGCUACUUAGGAUUCCUGUCCUCUGUGGACGGGACAGGGAUCCCUUUCUUACAGAGCAAAGCUUAGCUACUCUUAAGUGGAAGCAGUGACAACAUAGGGAUUUCCCACUUAAGAGGUGCACUAAAUGGCUUACCUACAACUGUGCUAACAUAUUAGGUUGAAUUCAGAAGACAUUCGUCUGUUUGCAUGGAUAAUUCUCUCAUGACUCCCAGAGGCUUGGGUACAGUGUAAUCAGUAAUCCUUUUCCUCCUUCUAUAUUCUAUAGCUCAGUGACUGGGUAUGAGAUUUCAUACCCAAAUACAUGAAAUUAAAGAAAUUUCAUCCUAUUUAAUACAGAAAGAUUUUUCAACUCAAUUAUGUUUCCAGUGUAAUCCUUAACUUGGAAAUUAUAUACUUUUAAGGUUGAAACUUACUGUCAAAACCAACGAUACUGAUAAUGUAAUACUGUUGGGUUGAUAGGACUAAUUUUAAAGCAACCUUUGGUUAAAAAUGUUUUUUGAGAUGGGUUCUGCCUUGUUGGAUGUUUUCUAUUGAAAUGCAUUGGUCUUUUGCUGUUUGUAGCUUACUUCAGCUGCAGAGGAGUUGAUGACUUUGGAUUAUGCUGGGUAUGAUUGGUCUUUAAGAAGCAGUAAUAUACCACCCAUGGAGAAAACGCUGUUAAAAUGAAGAGUGGUGGAAACAGUGUGUCAGGAAAAGUAUUAAAAAAUGUAGAUUGACACUUGCUCUAAAAUGAGCUUUUUUCCCUAGAAAAAUUUAGUAUGUUUUCACUAAUAUGAUUUUUGAUGCCAAGCAUAUAUACUGAUGAGGGGACCAGAGUUACUGUUUUAUUUUGAGUUCUUAUGAAUGCUUAUUAUUGAAUAUAAUUUCAUAACUAUUUGGCAAGACUUACAUGGAUAGGUCUCUAAUGAAAAGAUAUGCUAUCUUUCAUCUUCUAAAUUGUGUUACUGUCAUUUAUUGGGAACUGAAUCUCCCAAAAGUGCUAAACUACAUUAAAAAAUUGUUUUAGCAAAGAGAUUUUUAUGUCUGAUAUAAAUAAGCUUUUAGUAUGUUGCAAAUCAUUCUAAUAUAUGUAAACCGCAAUAUUGUAAUGCAGUUCUUGAUAAAAUAUUAUGUAAUGUUAAUUUUGUUCAUAGCUGCUAAUUUUUCUGCCAAAAGUAUUCUAAUUUAAAAGCCGUUCAGUAAAAUUUUAUAUUCAAGUCAUUUUAAUUAGUCUCUUGCUUUUUCUCUACAUAAUGUUUUUGUCUCUUUCACCAAAUAUAAUAAGACAGAAUUAUUAAAAUUAAACCUAAAAUUAAGUUAUAGACUUAGAAGCAUUAUGGUGUUAGGCAUUAAAAUUAGAGAUUAAAAUGUACAGAACAGGUUUUUCUUUAUGAACAAACCUCAGAGUAAAUCUUUUUUUUCUAAUUGUCAAGUUAAAUUUGUUAUUUGUACUCAGAACUCAGUUUUAACUAAUAAAAUCUCAAAACACA